GCUCUCGGCGGCCGGAAGCGGCUCCGCCCCCUUGAGCGGGCGAGUUGGCGGGAAGGGCGGCGGGGCCUGAGGGGUCUCUGAGGUCUGAGGGGUCUGUGGCUGACGGGACCGUGAGGGGCCUGGCACAGCCCGGUACAGCCCGGCACGGUCCGGUACGGCCAUGCAGGCCUUCCUCAAGGGCCCGGCCUCUAUCAGCACCAAGCCCGUCGCUGCCAAAGAAAAGAACGCGGCCGGGAGCAGCGGGGAGGGCAAGAGGACCAAACCCAUCCCCUGGGUGGAGAAAUAUCGUCCCAAAAAUGUGGAUGAAGUUGCAUUCCAGGAUGAAGUUGUAGCUGUGCUGAAGAAGUCCCUGGAAGGUGCUGAUCUUCCCAAUCUGUUGUUCUAUGGCCCACCUGGAACUGGAAAGACUUCCACUAUUUUAGCAGCUGCUAGAGAACUGUUUGGGGCUGAUUUAUUCCGGCAGAGAGUCCUUGAGCUGAAUGCUUCUGAUGAGCGUGGGAUACAAGUGAUCCGCGAGAAAGUGAAGGCUUUUGCUCAGCUGACGGCCUCUGGAAGCCGUUCAGAUGGUAAAAUGUGUCCUCCUUUUAAAAUUGUGAUCCUGGAUGAAGCAGACUCCAUGACUUCAGCAGCCCAGGCAGCCUUAAGACGCACAAUGGAAAAAGAAUCCAAAACAACACGUUUCUGUCUUAUCUGUAACUACAUCAGCAGAAUAAUUGAACCUUUAACGUCUCGAUGCUCCAAAUUCCGCUUCAAGCCUUUGUCUGACAGCAUCCAGCAGCAGAGGCUGUUGGAUGUUUCUGAGAAGGAAAAUGUGAAAAUCAGUAAUGAGGCAGUGUCAUACCUGGUUAAAGUGUCAGAAGGGGACUUGAGAAAAGCAAUUACUUUUCUUCAAAGUGCCACUCGCCUAAUGGGUGGGAAGGAGAUCACAGAGAAGAUAAUCACUGAAAUUGCUGGGGUAAUCCCUAAAGAAGCAAUUGAUGAGCUGCUCUUGGGCUGCCAGAGUGGUUCCUUUGAGAAACUGGAAGCACUGGCAAAGAAUCUCAUCAAUGAGGGGUUUGCUGUUGCUCAGCUUGUAAACCAGCUGCAUGACACCAUCGUGGAGAGUGAGGAUUACAGCGACAAGCAGAAAUCUGCCAUAGUUGAGAAACUUGCAGAAGUGGACAAAUGCCUGGCAGACGGUGCUGAUGAAUUCCUGCAGCUGAUGAGUCUCUGUGCCCUUGUGAUGCAGCAGCUCACACAGAACAUCUGACUCCUCCAGCACCCUUUGUUCAGGGGUGGCUGGGGCUCUCACAGCAGGGACCUGUGUACUUUUGUACUUUUUUGGGUGGUUUUUUUGCAAUAAAAGGACUGCACUGCAGUUGAAAAACCUGA